AUGAGGUAAUGGAAGAUUAAAUCACAAAUAUUAAUUUUACAAAUAAUUGCUAAUUUGCUUGUAGCUGCUUUGGUAGCUGGAUAUUUAUUAUUUGUUUAAAAUUUGUUAAUAAAAUAACAAGAAUAAGACUAAAGAAAAAUGCUUUUAUAGAAAAUUGAAAUUUUAACAACAGAAGCUUUGUCAUAAUAUGCAAGAAGCAUAGAAUAUGUAAACUAUUAAAGCUAAUAAUCUAUAAGAUCAAUUUAAGAAAUCUUUUUAAUAAUGCAAAGGUAUAACAUUUAUUCAAAGGAAAACAGUGGAAUUUGUGAAUAUUUUAAAAAAGAAACCAAUCAAUUUUGCUAUUUAAUACCUAACUAAUCAAGUUAAUCUAAUACUAGUGAUUAUUUUACAUUAACAAAUUUGAUGGAUUCCUUAAAACAUUAAAUACCUGUUGAGAAACUUUAUUUUGUUUCAAGUCAAGACGAUUAAUAUUUUUCUAUUUAUCCAACAUUUAUUUUAAAAAAUUAUUAUCCUCAUUCUAGACCUUGGUAUAAGAAUCAUUAACUUAAAUAAAAUACAAGUUUAUAUGUAUUAAGUGAUCCGUAUAUAUCAAUGUUUAGUGGAGUAAUGUUUACUGAAACAACAACAUUAAAAGAUUAAAACUUUAUAUAAAAAGGAGUUAUUGGUCAUGAUUAUAAUAUGAGUUCUUUUUCUGUCUUUGACUUUUAAAUUGAUGGAAUUAAAAUAUCAUUAAUUGAUAUGGUUGGGAGACUCCUUAUUAGUUCUUAUUAUAAGAAUUUCUCAUUAGAGUUUAAAUUUAUUUAAAAUGAAAGUUUAACAGGUUUAAAUGAAUCAAACUUUUAGGAAAUAUUAAAAUAUACAAUUUAAAAAGAUUACAAAACAUAAUGUUUACCAGAACUAAAGUAAACACUUUGUAUUGAAAUAAAUGAAACAGCUCAUUAACUCAUAAGAACUUAACAAAUAAAAUAACAAAUACUCAUUUUAUAAAUUGAAGAAAAUGUUUAUCAAGAUAAAUUAAAUUAACUUAUUACUUAAAUGCAAUCUACAGUUUCUCAAUAGUUAAUUUAUCAAUUAUAUUAUGGUAUAGGAUCAUUAUUCACAUUAGUAAUAAUGAAUUAUGUUGCCUAAAUCUUUAUAUCUCGACCUUUAAAGCGGCUUAAAAUUUUAGUUGAUUAUAAAUAGCAAAUUGGAAAAGUAAGUAAAAUCUUAUUGAAAAAUAGUGAAAUUAAAAGUUUUAAUUGGAUUGAGUAACUUGAACAUAAAAUAAAUGAAAUUUAUCAAUUUGAAAACUCCAGAAAAAAAAAUAAUUAAGAAUUAAUAUCAAUUUAAUAAAUCUAAUAUCCAUUAAAAGUAUGGAAGUAUCCUUCAACAAAUGAAUUAAUUAUGCUUUUGCCUAACAAUGUUUAAAAUAAUUAGUUUUCGAAUUUAAAUAUACUAUUUGAAAAUAAGCAACAUCUUAUUAACAAAUCAAAAUUAUGA